AUGAGAGUCAUUUGCAUCGACGGGUGUCACGGCGUUGGCAAGACGGCUAUCAUUUCAGACAUUGCGAAGCGAGGGUACCAUGUGCUUGAUGAGCUCUUCUUCGAGAUGCCGAAGUUUCUAGUCCCUUCCCAGUCUCUCACUGUAGAGUUUAUUUGGAUCUCAAACUGGUUCAAGCGCAUUCUCGACAUGCAGAAGUCCGGCAUGGCGGAUGACGCGGUCGUCUUUGCCGAUAGAUCACCCUUCUCUGCCGUUUUCUACUCGCGGGCAUCUCCCGAGGACCGGCUGGCUCUAGAGCAGGUUAUCCGCGGCAUGAUUGCAGAACUCUCCAAAUACAACAUUACCAUCCACACCGUAGGGCUGUUGGUCGAGCGCGAGGAGCUAUGGAAGCGUGUCCAGCGGCGACUGGAGGCUGAGCCCUUCAGGCGGGAGUUCAACGAGGAUAAGCGCUGGUGGCUUGACCAAACUGCAGACUGGUACGAGAGUUUUAGAUGGGAUACUGUGAUAGACAACAGCUCCCAGCGAUCGUCCGUGACUGGCCUCUCGGCGUUGAUCAGCCCGUUCAUACGAGACGUAUGCGGCAUCAACUGGGACUAG